AUGACCCCACCUGCACCUGCAUAUCCACCACACCCCUGCACCUGCACCCCUGCCACACCCCUGCACCUGCACUCCUGCCACACCCCUGCACCUACACCCCUGCCACACCCCUGCACCUGCACCCCUGCCACACCCCUGCACCUGCACUCCUGCCACACCCCUGCACCUACACCCCUGCCACACCCCUGCACCUGCACCCCUGCCACACCCCUGCACCUGCACUCCUGUCACACCCCUGCACCUGCACUCCUGUCACACCCCUGCACCUGCACUCUUGUCACACCACUGCACCUGCACUCCUGCCACACCCCUGCACCUACACCCCUGCCACACCCCUGCACCUGCACCCCUGCCACACCCCUGCACCUGCACUCCUGUCACACCCCUGUACCUGCACUCCUGCCACACCCCUGCACCUGCACCCCUGCCACACCCCUGCACCUGCACUCCUGUCACACCCCUGCACCUGCACUCCUGUCACACCACUGCACCUGCACUCUUGUCACACCCCUGCACCUGCACCCCUGCCACACCCCUGCACCUGCACCCCUGCCACACCCCUGCACCUGCACUCCUGUCACACCCCUGUACCUGCACUCCUGCCACACCCCUGCACCUGCACCCCUGCCACACCCCUGUACCUGCACUCCUGCCACACCCCUGCACCUGCACCCCUGCCACACCCCUGCACCUGCACUCCUGUCACACCCCUGUACCUGCACUCCUGCCACACGCCUGCACCUGCACCCCUGCCACACCCCUGCACCUGCACUCCUGCCACACCAUUGUACCUGCACUCCUGCCACACCCCUGCACCUAAACUCCUGUCACACCCCUGCACCUGCACUCCAGCCACACCCCUGCACCUGCAUCCUUGCCACACCCCUGCACCUGCACACCUGCCACACUGCUGCACCUGCACUCCUGACACACCCCUGCACCUGCACUCCUGCCACACCCCUGCACCUGCACCCCUGCUACACCCCUGCACCUGAACUUCUGCCACACCCCUGCACCUGCACUCCUGUCACACCCCUGCACCUGCACUCCUGUCACACGGAUGCAUCUGCACCCCUGCCACACCUCUGCACCUGCACCCCUGCCACACCCCUGCACCUGCACCCCUGCCACAUUGCUGCAUCUGAACACCUGUCAUACCACCACCACAUCUGUGCACUUGACACAAUGAUGCACCUGUGCACCACCAUACUGUUGCACAUGUUCACCUGUCACACUGCACCUGUGUGCCAGAUAUGCUGCUGCAUCUGUAUACCUGACAAACUGCUGCACCUGGACUCCUGCUAUCAUGCUGCAUCUGUUUCACACUUAUGUACCUGA